CAAAGAGGCACACCAAGGCUUGCCUAGAAGCCCGCGGGGCAGAGGGCGACGCGACUCCCGAAUUGCCCUUUCCCAAAAGCUUUGGAUGCCGGAGGAGGAGGAGGAGGAGGCAGGACUCGCAGCCCGGCAGGAGCUCAGCCGCCGCCUUCAGAGCCCUUGGACAGCGCUACGGAAAAGUUGUACUUCGACGACACGGCAAGGAUUCCCGCUGCACGCCCCUCCUUCCUAUUCGGGGGACCCAUGGGCUGCCCUCGCCUUUGAUCCAGCAGACAGAAGAGGAGGAAUAAAAACGAUGGAUGCCGUUGCACCUACACAACUGCCGCUUCCGAAGCACAUUUUGGAUGUAUGGGUUAUUGUCCUGAUCAUCUUGGCCACCAUCAUUGUCAUGACAUCCCUUCUGUUGUGUCCAGCGACAGCAGUGAUCAUUUACAGAGUCCGGACACACCCGAUACAAAAUGGAGCUGUGUGAAAAUGACCAUCUCCUGUCAGUGUUUGGCUUUCCAUUUGUGAAACAUGAGCUUCAGACAUAAUAUGGGCAUUGAUCAAUGUCUCUGGCUGUCUUCAGUGUUAAGCACAGAUUAGAAAUAUGUGUUAGCAUGCAUAAGGAAGCAGGAUUUGUACCCAUGAGAUGGGACAGCUCCAGGUCACAAGUAAGCUUCUAAUUAAGACUGUCACCCUAUAGCACUAAACCAAGGAUUUAAUCCAUCUGUUAUGGAAUCAACUCACCUGACAUCUGAGUCCAGAUUUCUCGUAUUGAUAUGUAUCUGCUGGGAUUGUGUGCCUUGAAGUCAUUUCAGACUUAUGGCAAUUCUACAGCAACCCUGUCAUGAGUUUUGGGGGGCUGAGAGGAUGUGAUUUUCUCAAGAUUGUGAAAGGUUUCUAUGGCCAAGCAGGAAAUCAAACCCUGGUCUCCAGAAUCAUAGUUGAACGCUCAAACCGCUACACCAUGCUGGCUCUGGUUUACAUGUGAACUUCAAUCAAAAUAGGAUUCUGAGGAAUGUGACUCCUCAAGUCUACUGAGCAAAAUUUUCCUGAGAACUAUGGUGAUGGCAGAACAAGAGACCCGGAAAAGAAACAAUAGUGUCUUACAACAAAAACUCUUUAAAAUGUUUCCAGAUGUGGUUGCCAUGUGAGCAAGCUGCUUUGUCUGUUCCAAACAAAUGGCUAACUUCUUUCCACAAGAGACUCAAUGGAGGGAAGAGCAUUGAUUGUACUUUCUUAGAAUAUUUGGCUGUUCUUUCCCAAGUUUUGCUAGCAUAAAUAACUGUAAAUAGCUACAAAGGAAAUACGAAGGAGAAUUGAGACGAGCUGAUAAGCACUCAUACACAAACAUAAUUGUGGUAUAUAGCUGUGGAUGAUAUAUUUCUCACAAAAUAUUUGAUUCUUUUUAAUAAGCCUACAGAAUUGCAGUACAAAAACAAAGGGAAGUGAGAUUCAGUGAGAUUAAUUUUACUGGCAAGGUCUUGUUUACAAUGUGGCAAUGAUGAAAGAGAAAGAGAAAGAAGACCACUUUGUAGAUUGAAUGAUUCAAUAAAGGAAGCCACAAGAGCAUUGCCGUUGGUGACCAAGCUCUUAUUUAUAGCAUUGUCUAAAGUUGAUGGCAAAUCAGGACAAAAAUGAGAAUGCAGCUAGCUUGAGAACAGGAAUGGACAACUUCCAAGGUCGGGAGCAGUUUUCUAUAGCAGCCAGAGUGGAAGGAAGCAAAAGUCAACAUGGCCAGAGGUCUACUUGGUUUUUGAAAAAUUCACAUUGAACACUGCACAGAGUGUAUGAAUAACCUAUUUAAAAGGUGAAUUGUCCAUGAAGCUUCCAGGGGAGGUAAUUCAUCUCGCCCCUACCAUAAAAAGAGAAACCUUGAGGGAUCAAUGGCCAAAAAAAGUCCUGGGGGUGGCACACAUAUUCCUAAGCCACACUUUGCCUAUCCCUGAUCUAGCAGUACUGUAUCCAGACUGAAAGGACCCAUCCUUAUUGUAUCCAUGAAGCCACUAGGAAAUUUGUUGCAUAAGGAUAGCUAAUAUCUGUAAACAGAGAUGAGAAGAUGUGAUGUUCAAGAUGUUGUCAGACUUCUUAUCCUUGCAACUUUGACUGAUAAGUUGCAUCUCAACAGCAUACAGAGUGUCGUGUGUUUCUUCAUCCUGUUCUAUAGUCUUCAAGCACCCUGCUGGAUCCAAGAGCCAUGGCCAGAAAUGCCCUUCAAAGCCAAAUGUUAGGGGAUGCCGAUCCUUCUUAGUUCUGCUGGAGUGCUGUCCACAAGUAUAAAUAUGUGUAUGUGUUUCUAAACAUUAUAAAAUAUAUACCAGCCUGUGAAACUAUCCAUAAGGUAGGAGAGGGAAAUUGUGUACACAUCAAAGGAUAGUGAAUGGAUUUGCAGUGAAUUUAUCAGCAGACGGUAUCUCUUGUUAAACUAUACUAUUGUAUGAACCCACAUAAUAAACAAGGUUUUAUUGCACAA